GCAGGCUACUAAAUUACCAUUCAUUCCACCCACUUUCCAUGAAGAUGAACGUAGCCAAAAACUUUAUCGAAAGAGUAACUCGACUCACUACGGAUAAUACCACCAACAUACAGCAUACAAUUUUCCAGCAUCUCCGCCGUAAUAAUUACCCCGCCACACUCAUAAACAGGCUCAUACAACGGUCUAAAAACACCACGCACGAAGAUGCCUCCAACACUGCACCAUUAACCAUAAGAAACCACAGUCAAAGCAUAUCAACAUGCAAUCACAGUCCAACAGUCCCACCGAACGAACAGAUAUAUAGAUCCCUGCCGCACGUGCCAACACUCAGUACAUCCAUAGCGAAAAUGCUCAAACCAGACUAUCCCAAUGUAAAAAUAGCUACAAAGCCUAUCAACACAGUAUCAAAACUACUGCCAAACACAAAAGACUCGGUUGACCCAUUGCUGCAGUCUAAUAUCAUUUACAGCCUGUCAUGCGAUAAUUGCACAAUGAGUUAUUUGGGCAUGACACGCAACCAGCUUAGAACCAGGCUAUAUGGCCAUAAAAGCAAUAUUAACCAGUACCACAAACUGAUAGCUGAUGGUACGACCGACAGCAACGAACAGCUGAUCAGUCUCGGAGAGAAGACUGCCCUCAUCGAACACAUGAUACAACACAACCAUACCUUCGAUCUUACCAAAGCCAAAAUUAUUGACAGAACCUAUCGACCGACGGCUCUCCCGAUACUAGAAAUGUGCCACAUCACGAACACACUCAACACCGUAAAUCAUCGCACCGAUGUGGACGGGCUCAACACAACUUACGCAGGCAUUCUACAUACACUCAGAACUACCAAUACUCGCCGCAAUAAAGCUUCCGAACCAGACACAAGUAAUAGAACACUUUUGGCCCAUGAUAGAUAGUUACCGUUUCGGGUCACCAUCUUUAAAUCAUACGUUGUAAUACCGGUGGAUGUGCAUAUCGAGCUCCGUGACCAAUAGUGCACCCAGAUGGUUUUUAUUGCGAAAAAUCCCCAUAUUUCCGACCAGAAAAAUUCGUGCAAAAUUCCCAAACCUCCCAUCGUUGGCAAUCAGCGAAUUCGACAAAAACGCGUAAAUUAGAGUAAGUUCACAAUGUCAAUGUCCCCCCUUUUUGUACCUUUCUGUUUUCCUUUUACUCACUAUGACAUGAAUAAAUUUUCCAGUUUUCCCUUGAAAAAGGCCAUCAAAAACGGCCGAAACGUCGGGCAAUCUAUAAAUAUAACGUUUGCUUAAGUAUAAUAGACUGAGAAAGCCGUAAAUAUCAGUGAAUGUUCCGUAACCAGUCGUCAAACAUCUUAUUAUAACCUCAAUAUGGCUAGCAUACAUAGUGGAUUUUUUAUGCUUAUUGACAACAAUUUUGGUCACAACACAGUACAACUUUUCAAAACGUACGCGCAGCUCAACACCAAAAUGUGUAACAUGACGGUACGUAAGGACUUUUUGAUAAAAUGCCGUAAAACGGGAGUUUUCCCGUCACACAUAGUGAACUCAUUGAAGUGUAUCCACCCGUUGCUCGAAGAACGGAGCCCAUAUACGCAUAAGCUUCAACGAAUAAUCGAUCGUUUCAAGAAAGCAAUUCUAAACAUCGAAAUCCAACAUACAUUCUACAAAAUAAAGUGCUUAAAACAGGAGUUACAGCAAAUACAGAUACAGCUUACUAUCUUCACUACCAACGACAUUGCAACACGAUUUAUUACCACACAGAACCAAUCUUUCGAUAAUCGACAGGAGUUACAGAAACGGAGGACAAAUAAAAAGCUCGCAAAGUUAUUAGAAAAAACAGCACCACUGGACAACAGCACACCAAAAUACCAAGAUAAAGCCAUACUAAACGCCACUACCGUAACAGUUCCAUCGGACACUCUGACACUGCUCAGCCUUGGACCAAAAUUUUCCCUACCAGUUACCAGUCUCAACCAUGUUCCAUUCUAUCACAUGCUAGCCGACGUUGAAGCCAUCCUACGUGUUUCGCCAGACCAAACCACACAAGAUCGCAACAGAUGCCAGAUAGCAACGCAAAUCCAGAACUAUAUCUCCAAUUCCAAACAUAAUACACACAAAACCCCGCUUCAUAAUUUCUGCAAACAUGCAGCGUCGACCACCGCAAAAUUUCUCGCAGACCACCAAGACAUCUACAUACUUGAAGCUGACAAAGGCAACAGAACGGUCAUAAUGUACAAACAUGAAUACGACCGCAAAAUGACCUUGUUGCUAAACGAACCUAAUUAUCGAGUUGUUUCCAAAGAUCCAACACCAUCCGUCCAAAGACAGACCAACUCGCUCAUCACCAGACUACUCAAUCUGAAGCUAAUCAACUCUCAAACAUCCAUCCGUCUAAAAUCAACCACUUCCGUAUGCCCUCGUAUAUAUGGACAACCCAAAGCGCACAAACCCAAUCUACCACUACGCCCAGUUGUCCCAAACAUCACAGCACCAACGUACAAAUUAUCCAAAUAUAUAGCCAACAUACUUAAAAGAUCACAGCAAAGCGAGUACAAUAUAUCGGACAGUUUCCAAUUCACCGAGUACAUAAACCAGAUCACUCUCCCGCCUGACUACGUCCUAGUAUCGUUCGAUGUCGUGUCGCUGUUUACAAACAUUCCUAUCGAACUUGCCACCCACGACAUAAUCAUGGAUUGGUGUAACAUCAAAACGUACACUGAUAUAAACUUAGACUUGUUUCUCGAACUAGUGGAAUUUUGCACCAAAAACAGUUACUUUAGAUUUCGAGACAAACACUACGUGCAAACAUUCGGUACCGCUAUGGGCAGCCCCCUAUCUCCCAUUUUAGCCGAUAUCGUGAUGGAGAACUUACUGCAAACCUCCACUCAACUACUGCCGUUUGCUAUACCCGUCAUUCGUAAAUACGUGGAUGAUUUAUUUUUGGCUCUCCCGAAAGACAAAAUAGCACUUACGCUCGAUACAUUUAACGCAUACAAUUCAAACCUACAAUUCACAAAAGAAGAGGAAUCCGACAAUAAACUACCGUUCCUAGAUACACUUGUAAUUCGCAAUUCGGACCAAACUUUAUCCACUCAA